ACAAUGCUUUCUAAAAAAUGUAGUCAGUUUUUUAUUGACAAAUUUUGAGAGACAGGCAUUUUAAUAUUGUCAUAAUGUCUGUUAGAAAUACUAUUUUAUUUCUAUUUCUAGGAUUUUGUCAAAUAUGUCAUGGUAAAUAUGGUUUUCGAGGUGAACAAGAAUGGGGAUUUGUGACAGUUAGGCCAAGCGCAAAUAUUUUUUAUUGGCUUCAUUACACCACUGCUAAUGUUUCGUCAUAUACCGAAAAGCCCUUAAUUAUUUGGUUAGAGGGUGGUCCUGGAGUAUCAUCAACAGGUUAUACAAACUUUAAAGAAAUUGGACCUUUCUAUUUGAAUCUAACAAGUAGAUCCAAUUCAUUGGUUAAAGACUACAACAUCCUUUUUAUCGAUAGUCCAGUGGGGACUGGCUUUAGUUAUGUAGAUUCCAAUGAAGGAAUUCCGAAAACGGACAAGCAGGUUGCAAUGGACCUUCUUACUUUAAUUGAAAAAUUUUUCAACGACUUUCCUAAUUUAUCUAAUGUACCAACAUACAUUGUUGGACAGAGUUAUGGAGGAAAGAUAGCUGUUCUUUUUGCAUAUGAAUGGCUUCAAAAAAUACAAAACGGUUGGAAUAUUACAAAUUUAAAGGGCGUAGAACUUUCAAGCCCAUGGAUUGCACCAGAUCAUUCUGUAUUAUCAAUGGCGCCAUAUUUAUAUGAAAAGGGAUUAAUUAAUGCUCGUGGUUAUAAAGUUAUAACAGAUUUUGCCUUUCAAUCAUUUUUGUGUUCUCAUAUGAAGGACUGGAAAUGUGCAUCAGUUCAUACGCAACAAACCUAUGAAGCUAUUAUACAUACUGUAAAAAAUAUAUAUUUUUACAACAUUUUAACUCAAGUCAAUACAAGCAAUAUUACUCCAUAUAAUGAUGAUGAUAUCGCAAUUAACUCUUUAAUGGAAGAUGAAGUGAGAUUAGCACUGAAUUUACCAGAAUUCAGUUUAUUUGAAUCAUUUAUCUAUCAAACAGAUGAUUAUAUAAAAGAACAAACUAUGAUACCUGUUACAAAGGAAGUUGAAUAUCUUGUAAAUCAACCUAAUUUCAAAGUUUAUGUUUUGAACGGACAAUUGGAUUUAAUAAUCAAUCCAAUAGGUACUCUACAUUGGGUCGAAAAUCUUAAAUGGAAAAAUUCAUCUGAGUGGAUAGCAGCUAGAAAAGAACCAUUAAUUAUAAAUAAUUCUCUUGAAGGUUACGUGAAGGCAUAUGGAAACUUAAGGAUGUACUGGGUGGAAAGGGCAGGACAUGUGAUUACUGUUGAAAAUCCUGCAGCUACAAGAAAAAUAUUAAAAGAUCUCACUACUGAUGGUUUAUCCAAUUAAAAUAAAAUUAAACCCCUAGACUAUUUAUUUAUUUAUACACUCGUCUUUUGCCUUAAUUCUAGCGUUACAAGUGUCCCCGUGGAAUUUUUCUUACAUACUAUACUUAUACUAAAUUUUUGCGUCUACAGAACGUCUUGAAAUUAGGAGUACGUACUCGCAUUUGCCUGGACCACCCGUCUAAUGGGUUUUCACGCCAGUGG